CAGUAUUAAAGUAUUAAAUUGCUCCUCCAGCUCCUCCUCUCCUCACCCUCCAAACCCUCUACUCUGUCAGCAGGGAGCUUACUUUCUUAGCUACAAGGCCCUCCUCACACACUGACACCAUGCUGGGGACCCUCUGCACUCUCCUCACUGCUCUCACAUGUGUGAGUGGUGUGACGGUGGUGACACAGAAGCCUGUAGUGACGGUGAGGAAAGGAGAGACAGCCUCCAUGGACUGUAACCUGGGGACUGUUACUGGCCGUGUUGCUUCGUGGUAUAAACAGAGUCCUGGAGGAGUUCCUCAGUUUGUUUUAUAUUUUCAUCACAGCCAUAGUUCUCCAACCUAUGGCUCUGGUUUCUCCUCUCCAAAGUUCACAUCUACUCAUCAGUCAACCACAGAUUAUCGUUUGAUCAUCAGCAAUGUAGAGGAGGGAUACUCAGCAGUUUAUUACUGUAGCACAUGGGAUGACUCUGCUGAAGAGCACUCUAUAGGUGUGAGUGGUGUGACGGUGGUGACACAGAAGCCUGUAGUGACGGGGAGGAAAGGAGAGACAGCCUCCAUUGACUGUAACCUGGGGACUGUUACUAGCAGUGCUGCUUGCUGCACAAUAUUUUUAAAAAAUGAUUUAUGUUCAGAUCAAACACACUUUGCUCAGGUUGCAGACAUUAGGUGGUUUGGUGAUGGCUCUGAGGUGAGCAGUGGGAUCUCUACCAGCACUGCUGUUCAGCAACCGGACAAGGCUUUCCAAAUCAGCAGCUAUCUGGCCGUCCAGACGUCAGACUGGAACAUGGAUAAGGUAUCCACAUGUAAAGUUUCUCUGGGCUCCCAGACUUCAGAGCAAAACAUCAAGAAGUCUGACUGUCCCACUGACCAAUAGUAGAGGAGCACAAUGACCGUUUAGUGUCUGCUGCUUUACUGUGUGCGCUGUUUUACCAUUGCACGCUUUACAUGUUAGAGAACAUGUGUCUGCAGGCUUGUAAUAAAGUCUGUGCUGUAUCAACUUUGCAAAUGAUUUCAAUGUUUUUCAACGUAUUCAAUUAAAAAGCAUUUUAUAAAAACA